GAAGACUGCAUUACCAAUUGAAGGAAGUGUCCUUCGAGAUAGAUUGUCCGGUGAGUUCAUCCAGACUUGACAUUGUCAAUGCCGCAGCUUCCCUGCGAAGACUCGUUCAUGGCGCCUGCGACAUGCCACGGGUACUUGUCGAGAACAGCAUCCUCAGCAUGUACAGCGGGCAGGAUGGGUUCACGACGACCAAACUUGUGUUGAUCGGAUAUCACGAUGUGAAGUGUCGCUCGGAGUGCAUCUCAUCUCACAUCAAAAGUACGAGAUUCGGAGACGAGACUACUUACGCGGUGCUCGCCAUGCAGCGUGACGCUCCAAAUCGCAUUGCAGCGCUGAUUUACCCCACAGAAAUCCGCAGGCUGCUCCCACGCAUGUCAUUGAUCGUCGUCGUCACUUUUUCAACCAUUACUGGAUACAUCGCCGCGUGUAUCGCAACCUUUCUUUGGAAUUUCUGCCACCAAUUCGACCCCUCGACGAUAGCUGCGUACCCUGCCCUGGUGUCUUGGUCAACCAUCCUCGCGAUAUGUGCUUCUUGAACGACAGGCAUGCUCAUUAGUAUUGGUGUACCUGAUCCUCCUCGCCACGGUGCUUGAACUGGACACGACAAUGAUAACAACGCUCGCCGCUGGUGGCACGGGCGACAGGCUCACAAGGAUAACCAUUAUCCUGGCCGGUGUUGCCGCGCUUGUCUCAUCACUAAUAUCCUUCUUGUACGUUAAGU